UUUCAUAAAAAUCUGUUCAUUUUGAUUUAGCAGCGGAACUCUAAAGAAUUUUACAACGGUUGCUUGCAAAGCUGCUUUUUCUGCUGAACGCAGUCAUUCUCUGCUCAAAGUUGUCUCCGCUGAAUUCAGCCCAAUUCAGCCAAUGGCAUGUUGUCUACUACGUUUUGAGGUGGAAGGCAGUGGCGGGGCGGCUUGUCAUGAAUCGUAAACGUAUCGUAGACAUACAGGAAAAUCAAGGAAAACGUUCGACAGCGACAGGUAGAACGUUCGCCUUACGCUAUCGCCGGGAAAAUGCAGAUGCUACGGCACCUGGACGUGCAUCCGAAGGUACGUGAGGAGGCCGAUAUCCUCGUGAGAACCUUCAGCGGCGCCAUCGUUACAAUCAUUAGUACAAUCAUCAUGGGCAUACUGUUUUUGUCAGAGGUAAAUUAUUAUCUUACACCAAGUAUGAGCGAGGAAUUAUUUGUAGAUACAUCCAGGGGUUCUAAACUGAGAAUCAAUUUGGAUAUAAUAGUCCCUGCUGUGUCUUGUGAUCCAUUUCAGUAUUUUGCAGUUUUAUCGAUAGACGCCAUGGACACGACGGGUGAGCAGCACUUGCACAUAGAGCACAAUAUUUUCAAGAGACGGUUAGACUUGAACGGCAAACCUAUAGAGGAUCCACAAAGAACAAAUAUUACAGAUGCGAAGGCUGUUAGUAAAACUACAGAGAAGGCAGUGGAGAUUGGUUCCACCACAGAGGUCUGUGGCGAUUGUUAUGGAGCAGCCACAGACACUAUGAAAUGUUGCAACACCUGCGAGGACGUUUGGGAGGCCUACAGGCGCAAAAAGUGGGCGCCACCAGAUCCAGCUGAUGUUAAACAAUGUCAAAACGACAAGUCCAUGGAAAAGCUCAAGCACGCCUUUACGCAGGGCUGUCAGAUUUAUGGUUAUAUGGAAGUGAAUAGAGUCGGUGGUAGUUUUCACAUCGCGCCAGGCGCCAGUUUCUCGGUCAAUCAUGUUCAUGUGCAUGAUGUUCAACCUUACACCUCAUCUCACUUCAAUAUGACACACAAGAUCAGACAUUUGAGUUUCGGGCUCAACAUCCCAGGGAAAACAAAUCCUAUGGAUGAUAUGACCGUAGUCGCCUUGGAAGGUGCUAUGAUGUUUUAUCACUACAUCAAGAUCGUUCCAACAACGUACGUACGUACGGACGGCUCGACUCUUCUUACGAAUCAAUUUUCUGUGACGCGGCACGCAAAGCAGGUAUCUUUGCUCACUGGCGAAUCUGGGAUGCCGGGUAUAUUCUUCAGCUACGAGCUGAGCCCACUCAUGGUUAAGUACACCGAGAAGGCAAAGUCGUUCGGACAUUUCGCGACGAAUACCUGUGCAAUCAUCGGUGGCGUCUUCACCGUCGCCGGUCUCAUCGAUUCACUGCUCUAUCACUCAGUGCGUGCAAUACAAAGGAAGAUAGAGUUAGGGAAGUACAAUUAAAUAUUUUACGGUGCAGCAGCAUCAGUUAUCACUGAUCCUGAAAUUCCGUCCUUUUCUUCUUUUUAUUAAAAUCGAUCAUGUAAAAAAUUGUAUUUUUUUCAAAUAAGCAAGUCGCUGAAAAUGGAUGGGGAUUAGUGUUAACCACUGAUGCGGUCUAGAUGAAUAAUAAUUAGUUUAUGAUUAAUCAAGGAAAAGUAUUAUUAAAUAAUUUCUUCUAUUGGAGACUAAAUUUUCUGGAUUUUUCUCGCGGCUUUCAUUCAGUACGACUCAUUUCGCGUUUGUAUUACAAGUAUCGCAAAUUUGUUGAAAUGAUACUUUGUUAUAAUUGAAAAUACCUUACAGUAUCUUUAUAUAAUUAUAAACAUACUUCAGAAUACCUUACAGUAUUUUUGUAUAGUAUAAAAACGAAUUAUAUAUAACUUAUUAUUAACAAUA